AUGAUAUCUGCAACCUCUUUCCGCUGGUACUUUGUCUCUCUGUUCAUCCUCUGUCUACGCCUCGCCCUCCCCGCCUUCUUCCUGGUCAACGGAGCAUUCGCCUUUAUGUCUAAGUCAACGUGCUACGUCGUUUAUAUCCUGGUCUGGGUCUUCGGUCUUCUCAUCAACGCCUUCGGCACUGUCAACGCCGUGCUCGCUCUGGCGGUAUCCAUCUGGCCUUUCUGGUUCUAUCUGAAUACCGCGACUUCUGGCGAUUCGAAGGCUCAUCAGGGACAUCAGCAACAGCACCCCGAGACUCUAGAGGACGACUUUGAGGAAAGUCCUGGCACCCCCAUCCCCGACUUGGAAGAAGACCUUGAUUACGACCCACUUCCCGAGCCCAUCCCCACCCAUCGCCGUAGACACAGAAAGUCCAAACGGCAUGACUCUUCGAAAGGCGGGAGGUCAACCACUGCCCCGCCUACAACUGGAGCCGGUACUUCUUCGGCGAGGAGCUCUAAUGGGACCUUCAAAAGUAACGGCGACUCUCCGGGAUAUGGACACGGAUAUGGACAACCGCUAGUCCCCCCCAUCACCUCGGACAACUCCUUCUACUAUGGUAAACGUUGGUUUCACAGCUGCAAGGCUGCCUCGUCUACCUUCAGGACCCGUUCUGCGAUGAGCGGCUAUGUUCAAGUUCGUCGACAAUCCUCGAAGGAUUCUUCCUUACCUAUCAGCAGUUCGCCUGUGCUGGAACGCCUGGAACUGGUCCCUGUACCGGCUGCUCCCAAGGACACUCCUCCUCACCUACCGCCUCCCCCUCCCACACUAGCUGGUCCGCGAGUCCCGGAGUAUAGCAUCCCACUCUUCGCGCCGCUUGAUAAACCACGACGGACCUCGCAAGAGGGACAAUCAUCUACUCCUCAUCAACGACCUUCAAAUCGUCUAGCCCGCUGGUCGAAUAAGACAUCCCGCCCACUGGCCCUCUCUACCUCUGGUCUACCGGAAGCUCUUCCUUCGCCAUUUCACUCUACCCAACAUGCUUAUUCUCCAAUGAUUGUCGAAGUUGAACAUGACGAAUCGCUGGUAAUCACCCAUCGUCUUGAGCUCUUGUCCAUCAACUCUCUGCCACCUUCGCCUCGCCUUGUUAAAAUGGCGUCGCCCAUCAUCGAUCAUAACACGCGCGACGCAGGACUAGCCGUUGCCUUCAGCGAACUGGCAGCGGAAUGUGACGAAUACUCUGACUCCAGCGACGACUCUAUGGAUAUCGAUGACUCCGACUUCAGCGACUCUGACUCUAUGGAUAGCUACUCCCCCAUGGACGUGGACCCUGUGCUGAGGGAGGUUGACGUUGAUAUGGAUGCAUGGCACCACCCCCCUGUGGAGAGCCCCUUCCUAGGCAACAGCUACGCUCCGUCGCUUCGGUAUCGGUUCACUGGACUCAGCCUUGCGCCCUCCUGGGAGGACCCAUAUCACGACCACAACAUGCUCGUGGACACUUGUUGA